AUAAUAUUUUUGAACCAACAUUUUAACUUAUACUCCAUGAUAUACUAUUUAACAUUCAUUUGUCACGUUUCCAUAGAUUCCCAUCAAAUAUAAUAAAGUUAAGCUAACAGAAUUCAACCAGGUGUGACGGUGGUUCGGUUCGGAGCACAUAGCAACACCGAUGUCUUCAUCUCCUUCUUCUUCCGCCGCUAUCGGCGGUGAUACCCGCAACCGCAUCCUCUCUAGCAACCUCUACUUCGACGUAUCUCCGUCCAAGGUUCCGCUUAUCUACUCCGACUCUUACGAUAUAUCAUUUCUCGGCAUAGAGAAACUGCAUCCUUUUGAUUCCUCCAAAUGGGGACGAAUUUGUAAUUUCCUUGUUUCUUUUGGUGUUUUGGAUAAAAAUCGCAUUGUUGAGCCUCUUGAAGCUUCUGAAGAUGACCUUCUAGUGGUACACUCAAAAUCAUACUUGAAUAGUCUGAACCAAAGUUCGAAUGUUGCCAAGAUAAUUGAGGUCCCUCCUGUGGCAUUUUUUCCCAAUUGUCUGGUGCAACAUAAAGUUCUUUUUCCAUUUAGGAAACAGGUUGGAGGAACUAUAUUGGCUGCAAAACUUGCAAAGGAGAGAGGAUGGGCCAUUAAUGUGGGAGGAGGUUUUCAUCACUGUUCUGCAGAAAAUGGAGGAGGAUUUUGUGCUUACGCAGAUAUUUCUUUAUGCAUCCACUUUGCUUUUGUUCAGUUGAAUAUAUCAAGGGUGAUGAUUAUUGAUCUUGAUGCACAUCAAGGAAAUGGCCAUGAAAUGGACUUUGCCGAUGAUAACCGAGUCUACAUUCUUGAUAUGUAUAACCCUGGCAUAUAUCCUUUGGAUUAUGAGGCAAGAAACUACAUAAAUCAGAAAGUUGAAGUGAAGAGCGGGACUCGUACAGAAGAGUACCUGCUAAAAUUAGAUGAAGCACUUGAGAUUGCUGGGCGAAGGCUUAACCCUGAGUUGUUAGUUUAUAAUGCUGGAACUGACAUCCUAGAAGGUGACCCAUUAGGAAGGUUGAAGAUUAGUCCUGACGGAAUUGCUCUUAGAGAUGAGAAAGUUUUUCGGUUUGCUCGUGAAAAGAAAAUUCCCAUUGUCAUGCUCACUUCAGGCGGAUACAUGAAGUCCAGUGCUAGAGUCAUUGCAGACUCAAUAGUCAAUCUCGAGAACAAAUGCUUGAUAGAAACGAGUGGAGGUCCAUAGGCUGCAUAACAGUGAUCUUGCACUUACACGUUAAGAGGUUUUUGUGUGAUUUACCGACCCUGAAAAAUGGUCCGUUGUAAAAUGUUCAUAUAUCAAUGGAAACUUCAAUGUAUAGUUUUCCAUAAAGAAAAGGAAAAAAAGGAAAGAUGAAAAACAUGUUUUACAUGUAUGAGUUGUAACAUGUAUGUAAAUGCGAGUUUAACUACAUGGGCAAUGUUCUAUGACUUUAUCAUUCUA